CAAUGGCCAAUAAGGAAAUAUUUUCCAAACACAUUAAAUCAAAUGUCAAAUUAGCUACCCGGCUAGAUGCUGAGGGGCGUGAAGUGCAGGUGGAACGCCGUGAGGAUUCCGAUGCCACUGCCAAGGAAAAGGAAACCUUUGAUUUGUUAAUAAAUGCCGGUUAUUAUCGGGCCUGCAUAAAGGGUUUGUCGGCAUUUGAUAAGGUUGUGGGUGGCAUGACAUGGUGCAUCGAAUGCUGUGAUUAUGAUGUCGAUGUGGAUCUGCUGUUCCAUGAGAAUUUAACAAUUGGACAAAAAAUUUCCCUGGUGGAAAAAAUCGUUGCCGUUUUGCCUCAAAUGAAGUGUCCUUUUCGCAUAGAACCUCAUCAAAUACAAGGUUUAGAAUUUCUUAGUAUACAUCCAGUUAUACAAUGGUUGGUUAAGAAAUCGGUUGAAAAUCGAGCGGAACGUAAUAUGCGCCUAAAACAAUUCGCAAUUGGUCAAUUUCACAAUCAUUAUCAGUAUAAAAGUGAUAAACAAAAUUUGGAAAAAAUACGCAAGGCCUCAGUGCACAUUAAAAGAAUACAAGAAAUCUAUAAUCCCGUCCGCCAAUACCAACGUAAAGAGGCUACCGAGGAAGAUGAAAGAACAAAAGUACAAUUGACUCUAUUGGAAUAUGGUAACCUGCCAGUGUCAGUGCCUAGAGCGGAUAGUCAAGGAGAAAAUGCUGCGACUAAUGAGCAGCUUGAUAUUGAAAAGUUACUUAACAAUUUAGUACUCACAAAAGAGGAUAACACAGCAGGAUCACCUCAAAAACUUGACAAUGCCACACGAUAUGCACUGCGAAAACAUUACAAAGAAUUUAAACAUGAAAUGGAAACGGAUGCUAAGGAAUUGACUGAGCAAAAUCAAAUUAAAUCAUUGGAAACAACACAAAUGGCCUUACAACAAAAACUGGAGCGUAACCAAAAGGAUGUGAAAGAUGUUAUGGAAUUGUUACAGCGGGAAUGUGAGCUGCUAGAUAAAGAGAGAACACAAAAAGAGGAAAUGGAAACUCAAAUAGAGGCAUAUAAGAAAAUUGAACAGACAGUGGAUGUGGG